AUGACUCCAGUAAAGAACAUCAUUGUUGUGGGCGGAUCGUUCGUUGGGCGGACAACAGCCCAGGAACUAGCCCGUAUCAUCCCUUCAACUCAUCGAGUGCUUCUUACCGAAACUCAUAGCCAUUUCCACCAUCUUUUCACGUUUCCUCGUUUCGCCAUUGUUCCAGGACAAGAACAUAAAGCUUUUAUUCCAUACAGUGGGAUUUUCAAAAGUGCACCAAACCCGACUUCUCAUGGCGUUGUCCAAGCUCGAGUGCUAUCUGUCAAGCCAACCCACGUAGAGCUUGACCGUGAAUGGCAGGGCUCGAAACAAAUUCCGUUUGACUAUGUUGUUCUCGCUACAGGUACGCGCCUCUCGAAGCCUGCGGCGAUGGAGCAUGACGACAAGAUUUCUUCUGUCGAGUACCUGCAGAAACACCAAGCCGGCGUCAAGGCAGCACAGUCAAUUCUGAUUGUCGGUGGGGGCGCUGUCGGUGUUCAGAUGGCAGCCGAUCUCAAAGAAUAUUACCCAGAGAAGGAGGUCACGGUAGUGCAGUCACGGCCACGCGUGAUGCCGAACUUCCACCCGCAACUACACGAUCUCAUCAAACGACGAUUUGACGAACUGGGCAUCAAACUCAUUACUGGUUCACGUGUCACUCUCCCGCCAGGGGGUUUCUCGAACGACGGGAACUCUUUCCAGGUGCAGCUCACAAAUGGCACUACCGAGUCGACUCAAUUCGUGAUCUUGGCCACCGGGCAAACCCCCAACAACCAACUGGUAUCGGACCUGAGUCCUUCCUCUUCGGAUGCGGAAUCAAUCGUCAACCCCCAAAAUGGGUUCAUCCGGAUCAGGCCGACGAUGCAAUUCUUGGACGAGAAGUACUCGAAUCUAUUUGCUGUCGGAGAUAUUGCAGACACCGGAGCUCAAAAGGCGGCCCGGCCAGGAUCGGCACAGGCAGCGGUUGUUGCGAAGAAUAUCCAGGCCAUGAUCGAAGGUCGGUCUCCGGACGAAACAUUUGUCAAGGGACCGGGUGCUAUUCAUUUGACGCUAGGCAUGAAACAUAAUGUUAUUUUCCGUAAUCCCAAUCUUGCUGAGGGCCAGACAGAGCCGUGGAUCAAUCCGAAGGAUGAUGGUCAAGAGGAUAUGAAUGUGGAAGCCAUGUGGGAGAGGUUGGGGAUCUCGGUUGAAAGUCCACGUCAAUAUCAUCUGUAA